GAUUAGUUCGCUAUCGACUGGUGUUGAUUAAACUCGAAAUAUUAGUGUAUUUUCGAUUAUUUUUUAGUGAAAUUCUGUUUGGUUUCUUGGAAAAUAUGGAGGAGCAAUGGCAGUCUUUCCUUUAUCAGGAAAUUCAAUCUUUUGAUGUCCUUAAAUCACGGAGAAAGUCUCUUAUAAAUAGAGAAGAAUAGGAACCGUGUGUGGAGACUAAUUCAAGCAAAAGAGCUUCAUCCUCAAAAAAGAAAAGAAAAUAAAUAAGAGCGACCCACUUUUUUUGGGAUGAAAUAUGGGCAAAUGAUUUGAAGAGAGUAUACGUCCAUCUAAAUGGAUGAAUAUUCUGGUAAACGAGCUGUUGACGGGCUUGUUGUCUCUAGAAAGGCAUCAAGUCUUGUUUUGAAAGAAACACCUAACAGCAGGGAUAACAACUCUCAAUUCUGCAACAGAAUUGGAUGCAAUGGAAGACUAAACUCCGUGAGAGGUGCUCAAAUUGAAAAAGGCAAACCUUCAAGGUCUUCAUUGCAUUCGCCUUCAAGUAGCAAGGAGAUGAAUGGAAGUUCCUCUAGGACUUGCCCUACAGUAGGCAAUCCAAGAAAAUCUUUCACAGAACCUUGUAAAAAGCUGUCUACUCAUUUAGAAACAGAUUCAUCUGAAACUAGUAGUGUUCAGGAUGAGCCAGAAGUUUCAGAAGUCAUACCUCCACCCGGAAAGAUUCAAAGAGGGCUUCAUAUUGAAUCAAAAAAUGCCAAGUCGAAUGUGGUAGACGCAGGAAGCUCUAGUGUGGCGGCAAAUACAAGAUCUCGAAGGAAUUUUCAUCAGAAAUCUGGAUUGCGCAACCAAGAUAAUAAUUUAGUGGGUCCCUCUGUUCCUUUGGGAUCUAAAAGCACAAGCAAUGCAACAAAUGCUAGUGCAAACAGGUAUGGAUUGAAAAAUCUAAGGUGCAAUUCAAUAUCUGAUGUUGUCCCAUCAAAUUGUUCGUCAGAUCUUGGUAGGAGGAGGGAAACAGUGAAAAAGAGAAAUUCUGAAGGAGAAAGCAGCUCCUCUGCCAGAGGGAAGAAGAUCAAUGGGUCACCAUCAGUACACAAUGCCAGUUCCAACCAUGGAAUCACCAUUUCAGAUUCAAGAAGGGCUAGAAAUGCACCUCCUAACAGGGAUAACGGUGUUGCAUCAGUUAGGACUCGUAGAUCAAUCAGUGGUCAUUCAAGGGCAAGGCUUUCUAAUCAAGGAAGUGUAAACAGUUUGUCAUGCAACGAGUCCUCUGAGGUAAUGCCAGGGUCAUCUCAACCUGAAAUACCUAUUGACAUAAAUGCUUCUGGUUCAUCACGGCAGUUAUCCACUGAAGCUCCCUUGGUUCGGCUAAAUUCUCAUAGUAGACCAGGUAGUAGUGGUGAGAAUUUACGUAGAAUUUUGCCAUCCAGUCCUGCAGAUGGGGCCUUUACCCGCAUGAAUCGGGAGAGUCUGCGGCGCUACACCAUGGAUGGGAUUGCAGAGGUAUUAUUGGCGCUUGAUAGGAUUGAACAUGAUGAGGAGCUAACAUUUGAGCAAAUACUUCUCCUGGAGACCAAUUUGUUUUUAAAUGGCCUAAAUGUCUAUGAUCAGCACAGAGACAUGAGACUGGAUAUUGAUAACAUGUCAUAUGAGGAAUUAUUGGCUCUAGAAGAAAGAAUGGGAUCUGUGAGCACUGCACUGACUGAAGAAGCACUGGCGGAAUGCAUUAAGAGAAGCAUUUAUGAGUCUGUGCCUCCAGAAGAUGUGUGCAUAGGCAGUGAUGGGGUCAGUGAUGAUGUCAAAUGCAGUAUCUGCCAGGAAGAAUAUUUGGUUGGAGAUGAAGUUGGAAGAUUGCAGUGUGAGCAUAGAUAUCAUGUGGUUUGCAUACAUCAGUGGCUAUGCCUAAAGAAUUGGUGCCCGAUAUGCAAGAAGGCGGCAGCGGAAGCAGCCUCACCUUCAACAACCCUACCCACCACAUAAUUCAUUCACUUCAAUUGUGUGGAAACACUUCCAUUAUGUACAAAUUAAGUGGUUUCUCUUCAUCUCUCUCUCUCUCUCUCUCUCUCUCUCUCUCUCUCUCUCUCUUCUUUUAACUCCUUACCCUUUUGAUGUACAUAUCGAUUCUCUUCAUCCCAAUUAACUAAUAAGCCGUAGCUGUUGGUGCUACAGCGGGAAACUCUGCAGUCAAGUCGAUUAUAAAAUUGUGAAUACUCACAAAUUGGUUCUUUUGGAAUA